AUGAUCAUAUUUGAUGAUGAGAUUCUCGAUAUGAUGAUAUCAGAUGAAUGGAUUCUCGAUGUGAUCAUAUUUGAUGAUGAGAUUCUCGAUAUGAUCAUAUCAGAUGAUGAGAUUCUCGAUAUGAUCAUAUCAGAUGAAUGGAUUCUCGAUAUGAUGAUAUCAGAUGAUGAGAUUCUCGAUAUGAUGAUAUCAGAUGAUGAGAUUCUCGAUAUGAUCAUAUCAGAUGAAUGGAUUCUCGAUAUGAUCAUAUCAGAUGAUGAGAUUCUCGAUAUGAUGAUAUCAGAUGAAUGGAUUCUCGAUAUGAUGAUAUCAGAUGAUGAGAUUCUCGAUAUGAUGAUAUCAGAUGAAUGGAUUCUCGAUAUGAUGAUAUCAGAUGAUGAGAUUCUCGAUAUGAUGAUAUCAGAUGAUGAGAUUCUCGAUAUGAUCAUAUCAGAUGAAUGGAUUCUCGAUAUGAUCAUAUCAGAUGAAUGGAUUCUCGAUAUGAUGAUAUCAGAUGAUGAGAUUCUCGAUAUGAUCAUAUCAGAUGAUGAGAUUCUCGAUAUGAUGAUAUCAGAUGAUGAGAUUCUCGAUAUGAUUAUAUGUGAUGAUGAGAUUCUCGAUAUCAUCAUAUCAGAUGAACGGAUUCUCGAUAUGAUCAUAUUAGUUGAAUGGAUUCUCGAUAUGAUCAUAUGA